AUGGAAACGGUGCCAGACUGGGCCAGACCAGAGCCAGGCCCCAAACCAAAUCCAUGUCCUUUUCUAGGCCUAACCAAGGUAGAUAUUAAAGAUUUUUAGGUUCAGUUUAGUCUACUAGGCUUAUAAGGGCAAGUAAGUAUAAGAAUCGGCCGAAAAACGGCUGAUUAUGAGAGUGUGCCAAACUAAAAUGGUACGAGCCUAACUUUUUAAAAACAGCUGAUUCUAAAACAGAUGAUUUUGAACACUUGAUUCUAAAGCAACACCUUAUAGUGCUCUAAAAUCAGCUGGAAAAAAUAGUCGAAAGGCAAGCGUUUGGACGGUAACCAAAAAACCAGAAUCAACUGGCGUUUUUAAAUGUAACUUUCUAAAAAAAGCCGUUAAAACUUUGAAAAUUCCGGAAAUUAUAGACAAAUAACUGUCAUCUAAACUACGUAACACAAUUUAUAAACUUGCAGAAAACAAAAAUUACCGUAGUUUAAAGUUCUUGAAUCUAAAUUGUUCUUAAAACCGUUUAUGCAUUGUUCUUCUAACUCAUUUAACACUAUUUUUAAAUUAGAAAUUACGGUAACUUUUCAAUAUCUCCUACCCAAAAAAAUAAUUUUAAACUUUUAGGCCUUUCAAAUGCUUCGCCAAAAGAUCCCAGAAUUCCAAGAACGACGGAAAAGAAUAUCCAAGUUGAAGAUCCUACAAGCUGCCAUCAGCUACAUAAUCUUCUUAGAAAACACUUUGUAUUCGUACGAAUAUGCCGAUUACAGUAUUCAUCAGUUUUAA